AUGUUUAUAUUUGUGUUAGCCGAAGGAAUAGAGAAAGUUCAGGUUGAAUGUAAUCUUAGAGACAACAUUCAAGACUUAAGAGUUCAGAUUGCAAAAGAGUUUAAAAACCGUUAUCCUCCUGAAGUACAGAGGCUUUUCUUUGGUGGUAAACAAUUAGAGGACGGAUUUACACUCUUCCAUUACAAUGUGAAACACCAAAGUACUGUUCAACUGUACAAAAAAGUCAUUGUUGAAGAAUUUCACGAGCCAAAUCUUUCCACAACGUCAUUACAAGAAGCACCAUUAAGUUCCAAUGAUGAAAAUAAUGAGGUACAAUUAAACGAAACCGAACCGACUGUAACUGUAACGACGCAACCUGCCGAAUAUGAAGAAGAAUAUGUUUGUAGUGCAUGUAAUAACAACCCGCGAAAGAAAUGUAAAGAAUGUGGUUGUAAUGUUUGCGGAAACAAGGAUGAUGAAGAACACACAAUUGUGUGUGAUGAAUGCCAAUACUAUUAUCAUUUUAAAUGUUUAAAACCACCUAUGGAAACUCUUCCUAAAGAUGAUUGGUAUUGUCCUCAAUGCAAACACGAUGAUGAUGACGUCAUUUUAGCUGGGCAAGGGCUUGAUUUAAAAAAAUCAAAAAAGUCAAAAAUGCCAUCUGCAACUCAAACCAAGAAAUGGGGCGGCGGAGUUGCUUGUAUGGGUCGUAGCAAAACAUGCGAGAUCGUUGAUCCUGAUCAUUUUGGUGCCAUUCCAGGUAUUCCCGUUGGAUAUUCAUGGAAAUAUCGUCUCCAUUGUUCCGAGUCAGGUGUUCAUCGUCCUAUUGUUGCUGGAAUUAGCGGAAAGUCUGAAGUAGGAGCGGUAUCGAUCGUAUUAAGUGGAGGUUAUCCAGAAGAUAAAGACGAUGGAGAAGAAUUUGUUUAUACGGGCUCUGGUGGUCGCGAUCUGAAAACGGGUAACAAACGCACUGCGCCACAAACAUCAGAUCAAGAACUUACCAAGAAUAAUAUGGCACUUGCGCGAACAUGUGAUGCGCCUGUUGAUGACAAAAAGGGAGCAAAGGCUAAAGAUUGGAAAAAAAGUAAACCAAUUCGAGUCUGUCGAUCAGCAGGAUUAAAAAAACAUAAUCCAAAAUAUGCACCAGAAGAUGGCAUACGUUAUGAUGGUUUAUAUAAGGUGGUUGAAUAUUGGAGAGAGAAGGGAAAGGCUGGCUUUUAUGUAUGGCGGUAUAGAAUGCGCCGUGAUGAUGAGGAACCGGCUCCGUGGACUAAAGAAGGAAAAAAACGAAUUGUUGACUUAGGGUUGAAAAUGUAUAUCCCCGAAGGUUUCGAAAUUAAGAAACGUUCUAGAAAUGAUUUGGAGGAUGCUAAAGGUUCUAAAAAUGGAUCAUCUAGCAGUGGCACUUCGUCUAAAAAAAUCAAAAUUGCAAAAUUUAGUCCAUCUGCCGCAUUAAUUGCAUCGAUUAAAAAAGAUAAGAAGAAUAAUCGUGCAUGGAAGAUUGUUCUUUCAAAAGAAUGCCAAACUUUGGCUGAAUUUAUUUCAAUUAUUGCGGACGAAGAAUUUAAGUGCCCCGUUUGCUUAGAACUUGUUCAAGCGCCUAUUACAACACCUUGUACACACAACGUGUGUCAUGAUUGUCUUCAACGUGCGUUUGAAACUGAUGGUCAUAAAUGUCCGCAAUGUCGUGCUGAAUUCGAUCCAAAACAGAAUCUUUUUCAAGUUAAUGAUAAAUUAGUGGCAGCAUUAC